AACGGAAAAAACAAAUAGAAGUAAAAUAAAAAUAGCACAAGCCUCCGGCUCCGGCGUUACAAAUCUGAUACAGAACCACUUGCACUGAGACAAGAGCGUCAGCCUGCGGAAUUCAAUUCCAAAAAAAUGCAGAAUCGAGACGACGUUCGGAACCUGCCGAUCGACAUCGCUUUCGCCCGUCUUGGUGAAUGGCUGGUUGAUCGGAAGAGAAUACCAUCGGAUUGGAGAAAACGUGUUGCAGUAGUCAAAGCCAAGAUUUCUGCCGCCUUUCAGUCUCUUCCUAAAGACGUUGAUCCUUUCUUCCAAACCCUAGACCUAGAUGGGAUUGGAUACUUGGAAGCUAAGAAAAUAUAUGAUAUACUUCUGAAAUCAACUCCAGAAAGCCGCAACAUUUUUGGCAGGCUUUCAGGUGAUGCUGGUGCUUGGGAAGCAAUUGUCCAUGCUUUUGAGAAGGAUCAUAUCUACCUUGGGGAGGCUGCUCAAAUCAUGGUCCAAAAUGUAAAUUAUGAGAUCCCAUAUCAGAAAAAGCUUGUACAAAGGACCCAACAACAACUUGCUGAGCUAGAACGAAAGGAAGCUGAUAUCAAAAGGAAUGCUGCUCUCUCAGCUGCUAAGUAUGCUGAAGCCUGCCAUGAGUUAGGAUUGCAGGGAAUCAAUGUGAAGCUGGAACUACUAGAAACUGCAACAACUUCAUUGCCUGACACAUUUAGCAAAAUGCUUCAAGUUUUGAACAGUGAUUCCAUUUCACAAGCAAUUGAAUUCUAUUCCAAUUUUGUUAAAGAUGCUCACACAGAAAAGGACAAAGUUGCAGAGACUGUAUUGCCAAAUCUAAGGGACAUCAUUAACAACCCUCCACCUCUUGAAGUUUCUGCAGCUUCUGAAGUGUUGGCUUCUGUUAAUGCUCAAACAAACCCUAACAAUGAGAUGAGUUUUGAAGGUGAGGCUGCAGGUGAUAGUAUUGAUUGGGAUAUUACUUUGGAUAGCUCACAGAUUGAUUGGGAUAUUGGGACUGUGGAGGAUUCGGGUGAUGGAUUUGGUGCCUAUGAAAUUGUUGAUGCCAGUGAGAUUCCGGGAAGUUCUUUAAAAGAUGGAAUGGAAUCUGAUGAGACUAAUAAAGAAAAAAUGGUCUCAGAAAUCUCUUGGGAUAUUGGUGUUGAGAAUCUUGAAGAUGAAUCAACUCAAAAUAGUGCCUUGAUAGAUGUAAUGCCAUCAGGGAUGAAUGUUUUAAAUCAAAGUCAAGGGAUCAAAGACAGGAGUCAGCUUCUGGAGACAGAGUACAGGAGUAGGAUUCUUGAUGAUCUGUUUGAGAUUAAAGCGUUUCUGAAUCAAAGAAUCAUGGAAUUAACAAAUACAGAGACAUUGUCAUUACAACAUCAAGUUCAAGCAGUGGCUCCAUUUGUGUUACAGCAGUACACUUCUGAUGCUAUCCAGUCAAUGUUAUCAGAUGUCUCUUCAGCCAUUUCUUUGCUCACAAAUAAGAAAACAAGGGACCUCAUUAUGAUUCUCAACUCUAAAAGAUUUCUUGAAAGAUUAGUGAGUACGCUUGAAGAAAAAAAGCAUCAUGAAGCGAAAUUGAAAGAGGGGUUAAAAGAUUUAGCUAUCAAGCGCAUGGAACUUCAAAAUUCAUUGUCCUCAGUUUGGCCUAAGCAAGAAGCAGCAGUUGCAAAAACCAGGGAGUUGAAGAAGGUUUGUGAGACUACACUUUCAUCCAUGUUUGAUGGAAGGCCUGUAAAGAUUAUUGGAGAGAUCAACAGCAUGUUGAGUAUCGCGGGUGCUUGAAAUGAUAUAAUAUUUAUCGUCAUGUUCUUAAAAUAGUUAAAGACUUAAGACACACAGUUUUUACUUUUUAUAGGUAAAUUCUAUUUAGAAUGCAUCAUCGAAUUUCAUUAUGAAUGUUAUGUGUUCAAAGUUUAAAGUUCAAACCA